UUUUACUUCUUUUUCUUCUCAUUUUUAUUAUUACUCGGACCGGUUCGCCUUUCUGCGUGUUGGGUGGUAACUGACGAAUUUCUUUUUCAUCGACAUGUGGUUAAGCGUAAGAGUAUGAAAGCUCUAUCUUGUUUUCUUCUUUCUCUUUCUUGUCUCUCGUUCAUGGCCGGUUGCAGUUGUGAACAAACCCUUCAUCUCCGUUCGCUAUUCAAUGUUUCAGUGCCCAUCUUCAGUUUCAAACAUUUUUUUCUUCAUUUUCUUCUGAUUUCGCUAUCAUCCAUCUUUGUCUUCUUGCAUUCAUUAUGGCAUCCAUCUUUAUGUCAUUCUUUUUCCACGAGAUUUUUUUUACAUGGGCUCAUUGGUUCUGUUGGCGAUGCUAAAUUGGGGUCCUUCUUUUAUUCGACUUCCUUGGGAGGUGCAUGUCAUUCAAUCUUGAAGUGCAAGCAUCCUUGCCACUUUGAGUAUGCAGAUCUACAUGCAAACAGUAUGAUCUGCUCACAGACAAUUCAAUCUACACUCCGCGUCAUCACUUUGAUGGCGUUUACUCAGUAACCAUUCCGAGCCCUUGUAGUUUGUCACGUGUAUGAGAUAUUAGUAUAGAAAUCUGUUGUCAGUACAGCAGCUGUAACACUCAAUGAUAGCUUAUAAAUAAC